GUGAAAAACAGAACAGAACAAAGGUUUAAGUGUCUGGGGUUUUUCAAUGAUCCUGCCUGAAUUUUACUCCUCUCUCUUGUUUUGCUCGCUGCCCCAACAUUUCUUUUCAAAUCUUCAUCUCUGUAAAAUAGCUUUCUUUGCCCUCUGUCAAUCGCAGCUUCCAAUGGAGAUUUGUUCUUAGGUGCUGCGUUUUCCGAAAUCUGCGGUACGUAUGGGACCUGCUGCUUUCCGGAUUCAGGGGCUCUGGUCCCUGCGUCGUGGGUUCGGUGCUUCAGCUGCUUGUCGUGUUCGCAGUUGUAUCGCAGGUUCGUGGCUUAUUCAGAGGGUUGAUGAUGUUUGGCGUGCAUUGUAGUUGUAGAAUAAUAAAGGGAACGAGCUGAAACUUACUAAGACCAAGUCAGAGACUGCACUGCUUUUGGCCCAGGAAGCGAAGAAGCAGAGAUCCGUGUUUGCACCGGCUGAACUAAUCUAGAUUGCACAAUUAAAGUACCAGCGAACGCCGGGCUCGAACUAAGGUCUAGUCCUCUUUCUCUCUCUUCCUAGUCAAUAAUAUUGUGCUCUCUAAAGGAGUAGUUUUCAAUCACAAACCCACGUAUUUUUAUUAGCUUCAUCGUUCAUCUCAUUAGAAACUUUGCCUUGAAGUUUUCUCUCCAUGAUUUUCAACUUUAAGAAAUCUACAGUCAAAGCAGUUAAACUCUCCUAUAAAUACAAGGUCCAGAGUCUUCCCUUCUUGAACUUCCAGAGGUACAGUUAUGUGAAUGUGUAUAUGAAAUGGAAAAAGGAUUCAUACUUUGACUCAAUUGAGCACAUCCAUGAGUCCAUUCAGCUCAAGCCUAUCAUUGCCCUGAAAAACUGCAUUGUCCGGGAUCCCAAUGGGUGCAUUCCUAUCUCCACAGUGUCAAAGAGGGGGUUAGAGUUAGAUGUGCCCAUGAAGGUUGCAAGAUUUCUGAGGCAAUAUCCGUCCAUCUUUGAGGAGUUUACUGGUCCCAAAUACAAUCUUCCUUGGUUCAGGUUGACACCGGAAGCUGCUGAGAUUGACAAGGAUGAGAAGAGAGUAUAUGAAGAAUGCAGAGUGGAGUUAAAGGCCAGGUUGAAGAAGAUGAUAUUGAUGACCAGAGAGAAUGUGCUACCUUUGAAGAUAAUUCAAGGGAUGCAGUGGUAUUUGGGGUUGCCUAAUGAUUUUCUGCAGUACCCUGAGCAAAAUCUUGAUGAAUCUUUCAAGUUUGUAGAGAUGGAAGAUGGAUUGAAAGGGUUGACUCUUGACAGUGGAGAAAAGAUUUAUUCUGCAAUGGAGAAAAAUGCCAUGAAAAGAGGUUUGUACACUGGGGGUCCAAUGGAAGCCAUUGAAUUUCCACUUUACCCAUCAAAGGGUUUACGGUUGAGGACAAAAAUUGAAAACUGGUUACAUGAAUUUCAGAAGCUUCCUUAUAUUUCACCUUAUGAUGAUAUUCCAAGCUUCGAUCGAAAUAGUGACAUAGUUGAGAAAAGACUUGUAGGAGUUCUUCAUGAACUACUUUCCCUUUUUGUUGAGCAUUCAGCCGAGAGGAAGAAGUUGUUUUGCCUCAAGAAGUAUUUUGGUUUGCCACAGAAAGUGCAUAAAGCGUUUGAGCGACAUCCCCAUAUGUUUUAUCUAUCUUUCAGGAACAAAACCUGUACAGUCAUUCUAAAGGAAGCUUACAGAAGUAACUCGGCUAUUGAGAAGCAUCCUCUAUUGAGGGUAAGGAAGAAGUACAUCAAGUUGAUGAAGGAAUCAGAAGUGAUUUUAAGGAACAGGAGGGUGAAGAAUCGAUUUUAUAAUUGUAAUGCAGAAUUGGAUUUAGAUUCAAAUAAUCUAAAUGAAAGGGGACAUGAUAUGACAAGUUGCUCUUUGGAACAGGUUAUGUGAAGAUUUAUACAAGCAGACUUGAGGUAAACAUGAAAUUCCUCAAUUUUCUUUUUCUUGCUUUUUAACAGCCGCCAAAAGCCUUCUUCCUAUGAGAAAGCGUUUCUUUUUCACACCCCUUUCGUAAUCCUCCCAAUCUACCUACACACACCAAACAAAGUUCCUACAAUUGCAUGUGUCUCACUGAUUCUAUCAAGCAACCAACGUAUAUCGAUCGUCUAUGCUCCAAAACAUGUCACACGAACACCCUUCUUCCUCAUACUUGAACACCAAGCUCUUGUUCCGCUAUUAGGAACAGAAAAAGCGUGUGCAGCAGCAUCGUUGGGCCAAUAAUCGGGGACAACUACCAAGGCCAUUUAACUGACAGUCCGACGAGCCAAUGGUGGAGCAUAUGGUAGCAGCAGCUACUGUAGCACAUGCACUUCAUCUUCUGAAUUACCUACCAUAUCCAAUCACCAUACUGUUACUCACACCCUCCUCACAUUGAUAAAUAUUUCAUGGGGCAUUAUAAAUUACGAAUCACAUACUUUUAAUUUUUUUUAAAAACGGCUGGGGUGAAAUUUUAUGGAAGUUGUCACGGUGAAGUUUACACUUUAGAGAGAAAGUGGGUUUGGUAUGAGUUAGGUUCUUGUGUUCGUUGUGCUUUCCGGAUCGGUUCCAUUCACUGGCCCAAUUAAGCUUGCUGCUCAGAUAUCAGAAAUUGUAGUGUCAUUGUCAUGAGACUAAUCAUAGAUUAUUCACUGAGGUUUCACACACAUUAAGAGUCAUAGACAUCGUUUAUCUUAAACCACCUGUAAAUUCCUAUAACUUUUCUCCUCAUUAUCAGCACACAAGCUUAUUCCUCUGUUGGAAACCGAAUUAAAACGGUCUGAUCUCAUGGUUAUUCUCUAACAUUAUAUUUCUCUAUGUAAUGUUUUCAUUUCUUGCUCAUUUCAUGCGUUGUUUGGUCACAGUUAAUAGUGACUAAUAUAAGUAGUUUAUAGAUGUAUCGAAGUGGUGGUUGUGUAA